GCGCCCACGCCGCCCGCUCUCAACAACAACAACUUGGAGAACUCCAACUGGCAAUCCUUCCACCCGACCCUGCGCGAGAGGAACGCACUGAUGUUCAACAACGAGCUCAUGGCCGACGUCCACUUCAUCGUGGGGCCCCUGGGGGCGGCCAGGAGGGUGCCGGCCCACAAGUACGUCCUGGCCGUGGGCAGUUCCGUGUUCUAUGCCAUGUUUUACGGGGACCUUGCAGAAGUCAAGUCAGAGAUUCACAUACCCGACGUGGAGCCGGCAGCUUUUCUCAUCUUAUUAAAGUACAUGUACAGUGAUGAAAUCGACCUGGAAGCGGACACUGUUCUGGCCACCCUCUAUGCCGCCAAGAAGUACAUCGUCCCUGCCCUCGCCAAAGCCUGUGUCAACUUUCUGGAGACAAGUCUGGAAGCAAAAAACGCCUGCGUCCUGCUCUCCCAGAGCCGGCUGUUUGAGGAGCCCGAGCUGACCCAGCGCUGCUGGGAGGUCAUCGAUGCGCAGGCCGAGAUGGCGCUGCGGUCAGAAGGCUUCUGUGAGAUUGACCGGCAGACACUGGAGAUCAUCGUGACGCGGGAGGCCCUCAACACCAAGGAGGCUGUGGUCUUCGAGGCCGUCCUGAACUGGGCCGAGGCGGAGUGCAAGAGGCAAGGCCUGCCGGUCACCCCGCGGAACAAAAGGCACGUUUUGGGACGAGCUCUCUACCUGGUCCGAAUUCCCACCAUGACCCUGGAGGAAUUUGCCAACGGCGCAGCUCAGUCGGACAUCCUAACGCUGGAGGAGACCCACAACAUCUUUCUCUGGUACACGGCUGCCAAGAAGCCCCCCCUUGAGUUCCCCCUGACCAAGAGGAAGGGCCUCGCCCCACAGAGGUGCCACCGCUUCCAGUCCUCGGCCUACCGCAGCAACCAGUGGCGGUACCGGGGGCGGUGUGACAGCAUCCAGUUUGCAGUGGACAGGAGGGUGUUUGUUGCUGGGCUGGGGCUGUACGGGUCGAGCUCCGGGAAAGCUGAGUACAGCGUGAAAAUUGAACUGAAGCGGCUGGGGGUUGUCCUGGCUCAGAACCUGACCAAGUUCGUCUCCGACGGCUCCAGUAACACCUUCCCCGUCUGGUUUGAGAACCCAGUCCAGGUCGAGCAGGACACCUUCUACACGGUGAGUGCGGUCCUGGACGGCAGUGAGCUCAGCUACUUUGGGCAGGAGGGGAUGACUGAGGUGCAGUGCGGCAAGGUGACCUUCCAGUUCCAGUGCUCCUCCGACAGCACCAACGGGACCGGGGUCCAGGGCGGGCAGAUCCCAGAGCUCAUCUUCUACGCCUGAGAUGCCAGGCCUGGCCGUGGUGCACUGUGGAUGGGCACGUGGUAGGUGGCCCCGCUUGUCCCCCUUUCUCCAGAACGUUACCCAAGUAAGUGUGGGUGCUUGGCGCCUGAUGCACACUUACCCCUAGAGCGGGCCAGCUAAGACUUUCAUGGCUUCACUCUGUAUCUCGUGUGUGUGUAGACAGCUGUAGCUGUAAACUGUGAAAUAGAAAGCUUCUCCACAUGGCCAGAGGCUUGCGUUUCUGAGUCUGUGGCUGAGUCUCUGUGGGCCUCACAGGUGUCUGCUGUACAGUGGGGUAUGUGUCUCAGGUGGAGGGCAGCCUCUGGGGUGCAAGGCGGGCCCUGGUCCCCUUCCAGUAGCACCCAUGUAACCUGCUCUGAGGGAUCUGCCAUCAUCCCACACUCUUGGAUUUUAAGUAGUUUCCUGAUAUCGUCCCUCCAAAAUGGUGGGGGAGUCUGUUAAAGCUAUUCGUCUAUUUAAGUGGGUUUUCAUAAUAAAGUUCUAACAAAACCAUGGCCACGCGUAGACAGAUGAGUACAGAAGUCCUACACUGGGUGUUCCACUUCUCACAACGGAGAAGAUGAAAACUACCCUCUGCCAUCGCUACGAGAAAUUGUAAACCACUAGGUGAUGCCGAGUGGUACGCAGAACACGUCCCAGGGAGCCAUCUGUCGCCCGCCCCUGGUCCUGCCUGCCCAGUGUCUGCUCUCUGCCGGCAGGCCGGCUGGGCUCGCUUCCAUUCUAGGUCUACUGACUAGAACGCUCUGUAAAAGGCAGGGCUGGUUGUUUCUACUCAAAGCAUCACGGCGGCUCAGACAAAGCCCUGCUGCACGACUGCCAUUGGUGAGCUUGCUCCAGAGUGCAGCCGGCUCUGAUGACUCACCCCCAACACCACGGGCAGUGGCUCUGUUCCUGGAAUGCCUCCACCUGACCGCUGAGGAGGGGACAGGGAUGUGGCCUCAGGAAGUGAGCAGGGCCGGCGAGCAGAGCCCCAGCCCAGUGUCCCUCUGCUGUGGCUGCCCUCCCUGUGGGGCUGUGCCAUGCUGCUGCCCCCCUGCCCCUCCUUCCUGAUGACCAAAAAGCCCACCUUUCCUAUACCUGGGCCCAGUCCUGCUGGUGCCUUGAGCCACCCACCUAGGCCCCACAUGCUCCCCUCUUUAAUUCAGCGAAACACACUUCUAGACUGAUGGCAAAGUAGGCAGGAGCCUCCCUCUCUAAGCAGCUGUGAACACUAAUUCCCUUCUUUGUAAAGCUCAGCCUCUGCCUGGCCAGGGGGAACGCCACAUGCAGGAGCGACCCCACCCCAUGCCCCCAGCUCCACUGCAACUGCUUGACCCACGUCCACCCGCAGGCAGCCGCCGUCUUGCUGGGUGACCUUUAGGGAGACUCUUCUUACCUGAGAAGUCCUGCACACUCACCUGCUCUCCUCCCA